AUGCACGUGCUUGGGGCUAGAAAGUGGAUCGGAGGUGUCAAUGCAGCAUCUCCUAUUCCCAAGCGCCUCGAUGCUGAGCACCCAGAGGAGAAACGGAGAGUGUGUUGGUUGUCGAAGGGAACGCUGUGGGGUGAGCGACGGGGAAAGCCUAAACUAGCUCUGGAGGGCGUAAUCAAGGACGCUAAGUGGGCCUACCCCAGGUUAUCUUCUGUGGGUCAGGAACUACGGAGGGGCUGUCCCCGUGUCGCGUUGGGCCAUGUCGAUAUCUUGAAAUGCUGUAAGCGUAACGCAUGCAUGGGCUUUGAGGGCGGUCCCGUGAAUAUCCCUUAG